GACAAAGGUGGAGCUUCAAUAGUUCGAUAAAAUUAAUGUCCCAUUCACGCGCCUAGUCCACCGCGAUCUAUUUGUUCCAUCUCAUCACAAUUAAAACAGAGCAUUCUAAUAAAAUAAAAAAGCUUCACGAAAAUGCCCAAGGAACGCAGUUUCAACCCGGUACAAGCGCAGCGGAAAGCAGACAAACAGAAAAGCUUGAAAAAGGCCAAAUCUGAGGCGCAGGCUCGCCAGAAUGAGAAACUCGCUCGUCGCAACCCCGAGCGCAUCCAGCGACAGAUCAAUGACCUCAAAGCGGUAGAAGAGUCCGGCCAACAACUACGGCCGCGUGAUAAGGAGGUCUUGGAGGCGUUGGAGCGGGAUUUACGUGCUGUGCAGAAGGCCCGGGAAGCACUAGGUGACAAGGCACCGAAAUUCGAUAAUUAUCAGUCGAGGCGGGGUGGCUUUGGUGGCAGAGGUCGCGGUGACGGUGUAUUAGGGAAGAGGAGGAGGGAUGACCGCAGCCAAUUCGGACAGGAUAGUGAGAGUAGUGAGACGGAUGAGGAAGUUCGGCGAAUUCCUAUGCCGCGGGAUACGCCACCGCCAGUUCCUCGCCAGUAUCAAAAGAGGAGAGAGGGGGAUGCAGAUGCAGGUCCUCGGGGACCACAUGGUUUGCCAGCGAAACCACCUGUGGUUGAAUCCCGAACUGUUUAUGAAGCGAAGCCAGAGAUCAAGGAUCUGCGACAAGAGGCGGUUAAGAAAUUUGUUCCAGCUGCUGUUAGGGUUAAACAGGAGGCCAUUCGAGGGCAAGGGAAGCUACUGGAGCCGGAAGAAAUGGAUCGACUGGAGAAAGCGGGUUACAAUGCUGGUCCUUCGGAAGCUGUGGAACGAGUGGGCUCUGACAAACCUGAUGAUGACGCUCACCAGCAGCUAGUCGAAGAGGAGAAACGAUUCAACCAGGAACUCAGAUCCGUACAGAUCGAGGACGUUGAAGAUGAGGAUGCAUGAGAUGUAUGACAGUGUAUAAUAAUGAUAUCCAGUACUUCACGAUGCUCAACUGAUACCGGAAAAUAGCAGGCUCUAUCGCGGACCUAGCACAUUUGGAAAAAAUAAUCUGAGUUAGGUAUUCCGCUCUGUGGCAGAGCUCCUCAAAAGAGAUAACAAAAUCUGUAUGUACACACAACCCUUCCCAUGAAUACGCCUUUAAUCCCAGCAAGCCUUCAGGCAAUGUGCCACCCCUCAAACACCUAGAAAGUAGA